AUGAGAAUGAAAGGUGAUGAUGCCCCCACGUUGCGCACACAUUUACAGUGUUUAACAGGUGCAACCAAAACCAAAAUCGUUGAUUUCUACGAAGGAGAACCAUCAACUGGUCGUGCGGUUGGUUUUCAACAGAUUUGCUUACGUGUGAGCAUGUUUGUAUUUGCUUACAUGGACCAUGUUUGGGCCUAUAUAAAGGGAGUGAGUAUGGGGAAGUCACAGCAGAGCAGAAGGGGAAAAAUGACUCCAUCAGAGUUGCAUGUGUCUUCCCAGAUUGUUAUUUCAGUCACGAACACCGUACGUAGGUCUGCAAACUACAAACCAAACAUUUGGAAAUACGAUUUUCUGCAGUCACUUGCCAGUAAAUAUCAAAAGGAAGGAUCUGUUAUGCUGUUAAACAAGCAUGUGAUGGAAGUGAAGAGUCUUUUUGUCGAAGAGACGAGUAUUUUGAAAAAAUUAGAGUUGGUUGAUUGGAUCCAAAAAUUAGGCCUUGCCAACCAUUUUCAAAACGAAAUCAAUGGCUUUCUCGAAUCGAUACUUGUCUAUGUCAAAAGUAGCAACAUUAAUCCUAGUUCAGAACAAAAUUUGCACGUACCUGCACUAUGCUUCAGGCUUCUAAGAAAUCACAGAUAUGCAGUUUUGCCUGGUAACAGUUCUCUCUCAGACUCACUAUGUUUGUCAUCAUUACUGCAGAAUCUGCAUGUGAAUUAA